AUUACCUCAUUCUCUUCGGCUAUCCUCUAUAGGAGGCUCGUAUCGCCCUGAAACUAGCAUAGACGCCGUUUCCAUACCAAGAGAAAUGCAACUCAAGUACCUCACUGUCGCUGGACUUGCUCCAGGCCUAGUCUGUGCGCUGUCCAAACGUACAAUUGAGUGCUCCUUUACCACGGCUGCUAGCAAAGGUGAUACCUGCGAUAGCUUUGCUGAUGUUUGGGGGCUAUCUAUUGAGGGCCUUCAGCAGCUAAACCCUAGUAUUACCUGCCCAGAUCUUGAUACGACCAAGUUGUACUGUGUCAUCGGAACCGUCAGUGACGAUACAUCAAGCACCAUGUCUACGACAACGAUGUCUUCGUCUACGACGUCUAAAUCUUUAGUCACAACUCCCAGCACCAUCACAACCACCACCGCAGCUGUGCCUACCAAUUCGCCUGCUAUGCCAGGCAUUGUCGAUAACUGCGAUGGGUUCUAUAAGGUCUCUUCUGGCGAUCAUUGUGACACUAUCGCCGAGACAUAUGGUAUUACCACGGCUCAGCUGUUGAGUUGGAACAGUGAGAUUAAUGAUAGCUGUUCAAACCUGUGGUUAGACUACUAUAUCUGUAUACACGUCCCGGGAUCUACCACAACCACUCCUGAAACGCCCGAGCCGACCGAAGACCCGGGUUCCAGUCCGACUCCCCAAAUGCCCGGCAUUGUCGACAACUGCGACGAGUACUAUAAGGUCGCAUCUGGCGACAAUUGUGAAACUAUCUCUAAAUCCUAUGGCAUUUCCACGGCCCAGUUCAAGAGCUGGAAUAUCAAGGUCAACGAUGACUGUUCGAAUCUUUGGCUUGACUACUAUGUCUGCGUACACACCCCCGGCACAACCACCACAACGACAGCAGCCCCAGACCCCACGAACGACCCCUCAAGCCCGACGCCUCAGCUGCCGGGCAUAGUCGAGAACUGCAAAUCCUUUCAUCUGAUCAAGGAUGGAGAGAACUGUUGGUCCAUCUCUAAUGAAGCGGGAAUCUCACUUGCGCAACUGCGCGAGUGGAACACGGAGCUUAAUGCAGCAUGCGAUAAUUUGUGGUUGGGAUACUAUGUCUGCAUCGGUGUUUGAGUACGCCCUGGCGUCCACAUUUG